AGGGAAGGGGCCGCGGGCGCGCGCGCGCGCUCUCGCCGCCGCUCUCCCUCCCUGCCCCCCUCUCCGCACACACAUCCACACGAGCACACCCCCUCCCCUACCUCCCUCCCCGCGCGCCGCCCGCCCCGCGGGCCCCGCUCGGCCUCGCGCGCUCGGAAGGGAGUCGCGAGACGUCGGAGCGGCGGCCACGUAUCGCUGCGGCGGCGGCGGCGGCGGCGGCCGAGGCCGGGUCUGCCCAGCGGCCCUGUGGACAGACGUUGGGCGGGGGGGAGGGGCCGGCCCGGCCGGCGGUUGUUACUCGAGCGCCGCGGCUACAGGCCCCCCGCCGCAGGAUGGACCGCCGAGGCGGCGGUCGGGGCGGCGGAGGCGGAGGCGGCCGGCCCGGGUUUAGCAACAUCAUCAAGAACCACGUUCUAUCCACCUUUCUGCUCUGCCAUCUUGGACAUGUCUGCUUUGUCCUUUGGCCAACUCCCAUCAUGGAUGCAAGAUGGGCACAACAGUUUCCAGGCGUCAUGUCCAGGCAAGACGAAAUCCAGCAGAAGGUAGGGCAGAGCCUUCGGUCAGUUUGCCAGCAUCCAACACAGAACAGUCUGAUAAGAUGCUCCAAGUCACUUAGAGCUUUCUUCACAAGAAAAAUCACUAGUGCUCUGCUCUUGCCAUAAUACCAAACCUUUUGACUUAUGCUUUGGUGCUGCGACACUGGAAGAAUUGCACACAGGUUUCAGGAAUACCUAGUUUUCAUUUGAUUCUUUGUGGAUGGAAAAAGAUUUGAGUCUUGAUAACUACCCCAUUUUAAAGCUAUUUCUCUGUAGUCUGAACUGCUUAAUAAAUCAGGCCACUUACCAAUGAGCCACACAGCCAGUUCCUGUCAGGAGCUGGUUGAAAACUGUGCUGCGCAUGUAGCAGGGAUGGCACAGGAGGAGAGCCGUCGUGGUCAAGUGCCAUCUACCUUUUAUCAUGGUGCCAACCAAGAACUUGACCUGUCCACCAAAGUGUACAAAAGGGAGUCAGGAAGUCCUUAUUCUGUAUUAGUGGACACCAAGAUGAGCAAACCGCAUCUCCAUGAGACAGAGGAACAGCCAUAUUUCAGGGAGACAAGAGCAGUGUCUGACGUGCAUGCCGUUAAAGAAGACCGGGAGAAUUCUGAUGACACAGAAGAGGAAGAGGAGGAAGUCUCUUACAAAAGGGAGCAGAUCAUAGUGGAGGUAAACCUUAAUAAUCAAACAUUAAAUGUAUCUAAAGGGGAAAAGGGUGUCUCUUCUCAGUCCAAAGAGACUCCUGUUCUUAAGACAAGCAGUGAGGAGGAAGAGGAAGAGAGUGAGGAAGAGGCCACAGAUGACAGCAAUGACUAUGGAGAGAACGAAAGGCAGAAGAAAAAGGAGAAGAUAGUGGAGAAAGUCAGCGUUACACAGAGGAGAACGAGGAGAGCUGCCUCUGUUGCUGCAGCUGCCACUUCCCCUACUCCCAGAACUACAAGAGGUCGUAGGAAGAGUGUAGAGCCACCUAAGCGUAAGAAGCGGGCCGCAAAGGAGCCCAAAGCACCAGCCCAGAAAGCUAAGUGUGAAGAGAAAGAGACUCUGACCUGUGAGAAGUGCCCCAGGGUAUUUAAUACUCGCUGGUACCUGGAGAAGCACAUGAACGUUACUCAUAGGCGCAUGCAGAUUUGUGAUAAGUGUGGCAAGAAGUUUGUCCUGGAAAGUGAGCUGUCCCUUCACCAGCAAACAGACUGUGAAAAAAAUAUUCAGUGUGUUUCCUGUAACAAAUCAUUCAAGAAACUCUGGUCCCUUCAUGAACACAUCAAGAUUGUCCAUGGAUAUGCAGAGAAGAAAUUUUCCUGUGAAAUUUGUGAGAAGAAAUUCUAUACCAUGGCUCAUGUGCGGAAACACAUGGUUGCACACACGAAAGACAUGCCUUUUACGUGUGAAACCUGUGGAAAAUCAUUCAAACGCAGCAUGUCACUCAAGGUGCACUCCUUGCAGCAUUCUGGAGAGAAGCCCUUCAGAUGUGAGAACUGUGACGAAAGGUUUCAGUACAAGUACCAGCUGCGCUCCCACAUGAGCAUCCACAUUGGGCACAAACAGUUCAUGUGCCAGUGGUGUGGCAAGGACUUCAACAUGAAGCAGUACUUCGAUGAGCACAUGAAAACACACACUGGAGAGAAACCCUUUAUCUGUGAAAUCUGUGGCAAAAGCUUCACCAGCCGCCCCAACAUGAAGAGGCACCGCAGAACUCACACAGGCGAGAAGCCCUAUCCAUGCGAUGUGUGUGGCCAGCGGUUCCGCUUCUCCAACAUGCUUAAGGCCCACAAGGAGAAGUGCUUUCGGGUGACCAGUCCCGUGAACGUGCCGCCUGCUGUCCAGAUCCCACUGACCACUUCCCCUGUCACCCCAGUUCCUUCUGUGGUGAACACACCCACAACCCCCGCCCCUCCAAUCAACAUGAAUCCUGUAAACACUCUUCCCCCUCGGCCCAUCCCUCAUCCCUUCUCGCACCUUCACAUCCACCCACACCCUCACCACCCACACCACCUCCCCAUCCCCCCAGUCCCUCACCUCCCCCCACCUCCAGCUCUCUUUAAGAGCGAGCCUUUAAAUCACAGAGGCCAGGGUGAGGACACCUUUCUGCGGCACCUGGCAGAGAAGAACAGUUCAGCACAGCAUCAUUAACAUCCAUCUCCUUAAGUGCGUUCUCCACCACGAGUUACGUGCCCACAUAGACUAGAUGUUCCUUUUAAAUGAAGGUCACUGAGUAUCUCCUUUGAGCGUCUUUUCCUCACCCCGGUCUUCCUGAAUGCCUCCCCUUUCUGAUGAAGGGAUCCUGAAAGCUGCUGUUGCUGUGCCCUAUUCCUAUAUGCCCUCUCUCUUCCAGAAACAUUCUGCAAGGUUGCGCCCACAAUUUCAUGGUAGUCAAAUAAUUUAAAAGUGCUCUCUGGGUUUAUCAAAAGCCCUGUAUUGAUUUUUGAACUGCCUCUGACAUCCUUUUGUUGCUCAAAAGUUUCCAGUUACUUUCUGUUCUACUUGUUCUCAUAGAAUUAUUUUUUAAAAUAUGAUUGAUAGAUAAUAUAUGAAGGAUGUAAUAAAAAGGGGGUUGCAGUGUGUGUUCUCCAUGUGAUAUGAGCACCUUAUGAAUAAAACAGUUUAGCGAUUGGCUAAUCGUUCACAGUCAGAACCGAAGCCUGUGCUGUGUGCAGGCCUCUUGCUCCCUUUCAGUUCUCCUCCAAAACUGAAAACUCUUUAAAAUGAGGAAAUUUGAUUGGGUUGUGCUUUUGUUUUUGUUUUCUUUUUGUAAGUGAAGGAAAGCAAUUAGGUUGAGUAUUUUUGGCCUUAGUUAAAAUCUUUCCUGUUGACUUAAAAUGUCAUGCCUCUGUUUUUAAAGUUAAUAAUACUAACGCUCAGGUUUUCGGGACUAACCAAGAACCGCAUGAAGUGGGAGUCUUAAGAAGGCAGCUGUUAAUCGAUCCUUAAUCCUUUGUGGCUGGCGAUGGUAUGUUUUGGUGGAACAGUGCAAAAGUGUGAAAAUUGGUUAUGUUUGAUAAUGAAUACAUUCAAGACAUUGGAAGGCUUCACUGGCUAUUUGCAAUGGGAAGGCUCGUUACAAAACGCAAAAGGUAGAUUUCUACAGAAAUAAGUAGCAAGAGUUUCUUGUUCUUUUAAAUAGUUGUCGCUUUAAUUUGCCUUGGUAGUCCCCUAUUACUGACCUAGAAGUUUGCCUCUUUUAGGUAGUAACUGGCUACCGAAAGUGACCACUUUGAAAUGUGUGGCGUUUCUCUUCGGAGCCACAGGCAGUAACAAGUGGAGAGCCAUGCUGGGUCACACUUGCAGGAGCCACGUCCCGGAGACAGACUGUUGGCUUGUUUCCUGUCUUCUGUGAUAGGAAAUAUUUCGUGCAGGUAUCAAAGGGCCCUUGUCCCUGAGAAGUGUCCCCUCUGCUUUCUAAUUCCAGAUUCCUUUUACUCUAUUUGAACUUCUCUGGUGAGAUUGGGGGUGUUACAAAUUACUUGAAAACUAUUUGGGGGACAUGUAGGAAAUGGGGACGUGGCAAGAAAGGGCAGAAGCUGAAUUUUGCUUGAGAAGGAAAUCUGAUACUUGUGUUGUUGGUUUUGAUCAACCAAAGAGCCUGUCUCUGUACCGGGUGUGCCAAAGAAUCAAGUUGUUUUCUGAAUAUUCGGCUCUUCUGAAUGAACACAGCUUCCUCCCUGCCUGUUACAGGUAAAAGGGACCGUGUGAUCAGAAGGACAGAGACCCCCAACUCAUAUCCUACAGAGGACUCAAAGCUGUGUUUAGUUGCAUUUGAAAGUCAGUGGGAAGCAUCUUACUCUUUUAGAAUCCCUAACCCUCCUAGAAAUAAAUAUCUUGUCUGCGCUUGAUUAUUCAACUCAUUAGGUUUUUCAAAAGUAAGAAAAACUGUGUAGCAUCGUUUUGGUGUUAACUUCUAAAGUUGUAUCCCCAUGGAUAUGUAUGCAGCCUCUGAAAAUCAGAUGAGUCCAUCUCAAUCUUCCGGAAGUUUGAAUAUGCAUUUUAUUCAUUUCUUGAUGUGAGCUGUACGAUUCUUUUCCAUCAGCAGUACUGGCUUUGUCCACAAGGGAGCAACAAAGUGCUUUAGCUUCUUUAUUCUAAGCCGCCUAAAGAAAGGUCCCGCUUUUAAGUCUGUCAUAGAAUAUCCUCUCUUGGCCCAAUGCUUAUUUAUAGAUCUUGCUUUUUAAGACAUUUUCCCUUACUACUAAGUCCAGUAGUUGCUCAGCCUUCAUGAUGCAAACAAAGAUUGAUGUGUGGGUCAGACAGAGGUCCUUGUGGAGCAGGCACCUUAAUUAGCCUUUUAAAAUAAUGGUGCCCCAAGAUUGAAAAGCCGGACUUUCCCACGGGGGAGCCCACUGUGUGCUAAAUGCACAGCAGGAAGGCGACCCUCCUUCUCUCUUCCGAAUCCUACCACCAGCGCAGGACCAUCACGUCUCCGAGAAGGACAAGAGCAGCUGGGGUGACUGGAGGACACGCUUCUCACUUUUCUGCUCCAGUGCUUGUCUGUUACACCAGGAAGCAAGUCCUGGGGUCAGGGAGGUCCCCUGCAGCAGCCAGUCGUCCUCCAGGUUAGAAUUCAGUUUGUCACUUGCCUUAGGGCUCCUGACCCUCAUCAGCUCUCUGACCACGAGUUUUGUUUCUGCUCCUUGAAGCAUCACCUUCACAAUAAGCAGGUCGGUGGUCAGCUAAGGGGAAGCACCAGACUGGAACCAUUUUCCUGUAGAGCCAGGAGGCAUUUGCACCUGGAAUGGCCUUCCUAACAGAUAUCUGCCUGGCUUCUUUUCCCCAGCCAAGUCGGACCCUGAGCGAUAGAGGUAGAGAGAGGUGUCCACCUGUAACUCCAACAUUUGACAAAAAAAAAAAAAAAAGAUGAAACUGAAGCUGUGAUUGGUUUAGGUAACAGGUGGCCAGGUAUAACUUGUUUGUUUUAUUUUUGUUUUCCCCAGUAGUACUGAAAUCACUUGCACUUUUCCUGAUUUCUUAUAGAAAAGAAUAUCCAGUUUGCUUGCCAGGAAUUGUUUAGUGUUAGGUUUACAAAGCUUGUUGUUGAAUGUUGAACAUUUGUCCAAAGGAGUUUGACAAAACAGAAGCUGCUUGGUCCCUGUUCUGCCUGCCAAGUCAUAAGGAUUAAGGCCGUGUGGCUGGGGUACUUGUGUCAAGUCCGGAAGGGGGCAGUGUCCCUCUCCUACCUCUGCCAAGACGCAAUUGAAGGUCAAGUUGACUCCUGUAGGGCAGGUACUUUUCAUGCUGCAAAGAAGUUUAGAAGAGUCUUUCACUUGGGGGUGUGACAGGUAGGUAGGACAGGAUCCCUUACGGUGGGAAAGAUACUAGGGAAAGGAGAGCUGCCUGGCCCCAAGGACCCGCAGUGAGGUAGCACAGCUCCCCUCCUGACUCUCCGCACUAGCCCAGCUCCCCUGGGUCACCUUUUUUCUAGCAUCCUGUCAGAUCCCUCCGUGUACUGAUUUCCCCCCUGCUGUUAACUAUACCAAUAUUAUUUUUUUAGCAAUUGAAAUGCACUUUUUUAGUUCAACUCAAUCAUGAUUUUAAGUAUAAAAAAUUUAUAGACUGUUAAAACUACUUUUUUGUGUAUUUUUAACCACUUGAUGUAGCAUUGUCUAUUUUAUUCUUGUGAGACUCUGGUACAAGGUGUGCCACUUCAUGAUAUUUCCAAGAUGCUGGGCCUUUGGAUGUGUACGGUAACCAACUUAAUGCUAAUGUUCAAAGUAAAAAAAAAAAAAAAA